AUGAGUAAGGCAUUUUUUAUGUUUUGGAGCAGGAUAGGGUCUAAAAAAGUAGGGUAAGGAAGAGUUAAGCUGUUGUAAGAUAAGAUAGAGUAGGUUAAAGUACGGUAGAAUAGAGUGCAAAACGGUAAAGUAGGAAGGGUAGGGUAGGAUAGAGUAGAGUAGGGUAGGGUAGGGUAGGGUAGGGUAGGGUAGGGUAGGGUAGGAUAGGGUAGGGUAGGAUAGGAUAGGGUAGGGUAGGAUAGGGUAGGGUAGGGUAGGGUAGGGUAGGGUAGGGUAGGGUAGGGUAGGGUAGGGUAGGGUAGGGUAGAGUAGGGUACGGUAGGGAAGAGUAGGGUAGUGUAUCAUAGGAAAGAGUAGGGUAGAAUCUAAAAUUUUAAAAUUUUUAAGCGUCAGCGUCAAAUCAGCUCUCGGCGACUGAUGUUGUGAUCGAGGACAAGUUGAUAGAGUUGAUGACAAACUUUGUCAAAAAGACUGUCGCAUUGGGACUACAGGGCUUGCUCAAGGAAUACACCGACCUUCGUGCUCAAUCCGAAACCGCCGAUACGGUCGAGAAGACCACUUUUUCUGCUAACCCCACUAAAAAUCGAUACAAAGGUAGAAUUUUUUUAAAAUUUUUAAACUUUUUUUUGAAAUUUUAAAAUUUAAAAAAUUUAAAGAUUUCAAAUUUCAGACAUUCCAUGUGUCGAAAAGACUCGAGUCAAGCUGAAAUGGCCGAUGAUCAACCAAAAGUACGGGGAUUACAUUCAUGCCAAUCGGGUUGACGACAUGCCAGGUAAGCCACGCCACCGCUUUUUGAUAAGAAAAAGUUUUUUUGGGCUUAUUAGGCUUAUUUUUUAUGUAAAAACGACCAAGUUUACUAUAUAAUGACAGAUUAUACUGAUAACUUUUCUUAUUACCUACUUGUCAUAUAACUGUUGAAAAAGCUGUCAUAACUUUUUAUGGUUUGGAUAUCAAUGGCGUAUUUUACAACUUUCCGUCGAAUAUACCAGUAAAAUUCUUGACCUUAUCAGUCAUUUUUUGUCUUUCUAUCAUAACUUUUUAGUAUAACAUGAACUGUCGUGAUGACAUAUUUUCUAAAACCUGUUUGUGAUGACACGAUUUCUAGAAUUUGUGAAAUGCGCAGUAUUAUAAUAUUAGGUUCAAAUAAUUCUGUACCCUUUAACAUCAAAAGUGUGUUUUUAGAGGAGGCACAGAAUUAUUUGAACAACCUAAUAUUUUUUUAAAUUUUUUAAAAUUAAAAGUGAUUUCCAAAGCAAAAACUUUAUAUUUGUCACCUAAAUUUACAAAACUUCUUCCAGAAGUUAUAUUGGUUACCUAAAUAUCAAAAACCUCUUCCAGGCGUCCGCGGCGGCAUGAUCCUAACCCAAGGCCCGAUGCAAACGACGGUCGAAGACUUUUGGCGAAUGAUAUGGCAAGAGAAGAGUCAAGCCAUUGUGAUGUUGUGUUCGGUGAUGGAGAAUGGGAAGAAGAAGUGCGAGCAGUACUUCCCCGCCGAAAAGGGUGGAGUGCUGAAGGAUGAGGGCAAAGUCUUUGCCGUCACCAACGUCGAAGGCAAGAAGGAAGGGCUACAGACGGAGGAGGAUCUGGUCUACACUCAAUUGAUGAUGGAGGGUGAGGGUUUUUUGUUUUAAAAUAAAAAAUUUGAAUUUUUUUACAAAAAUAUUUUUCAGUUUUGCCAUACCUCAAAAAACUAAAUUUUCAGCUAAAAAAUCGACCGGUAAGGUGGGAAAACACAUUGUGAAUCACGUCUUGUGGACUGGAUGGCCGGACAAAGCGGUGCCGUUGACGGCUUCUGGAGCCAUGGUACUGCUUCAGAAGAUUUCCAAAUACGACUCUAUUGUCAUUCAUUGUUCAGCUGGUUAGUUUUUUUUAUAUUCUUAUUUAUUUUUUCUAGUUUUGGGCUUGUAAAAAGGUUUGAAAAUGAAAAAAAUUGAGGAAUUUAGCAGGCUUUUUGACUUUUUUUAAAGAAAAAUUUAAAAUUUUGAAAAAGUUUUUGAAUUUUUGACAAAAUAUGAAUAUAGGUUUUGUAGAACAGUAUAUUUUGUACAUUUUUGCCAAGUUUUGGUAAAAUACGACGUUUGGUCCGGAUGUUACAGUACGUCAAAGACCAAUAGGACAGUUGUUUUUCAAGCGGAAACGAACUUUUUUUGAUUUGUGCGAUUUUCAAAUAAACAUAACUUGGCUAACAAUAAAAAUGCAGAUAAAGAUUUGAAACUGCCACUACAGAUAGAUCAUUUUAUGGUUUACAAGAUGCUUAAAGUAAAUUUUUAAAAAUUUGACUUUUAGGCGUAGGACGUACCGGCACAAUCGCUGCCAUCAAAAUCUGUUGGAGCGCUCUGAUGGCGGGAGAAGAACUGAAUGUGUUUGAAACUGUGAAGAAGCUUCGGUCCAAAAGAUACCUGGCAUGUCAAACUGAUCUGCAAUACCUCUACAUUCACAUGGCUUUGUUGUCGUUUAUCACUUCAAAGGGGGUAGGCUUUUUAAAAAUUUUGUUUGGUAAGGUAAAGUAAAGGCAGGGUAAGAUACGGUAGAGUAAAGUAAGGCAGGGCAAAAAAAGAGUCCGGUCGAGUAAGUUAUGGCAGGGUAAGGGGCGGUAUGGUAGAGAAUGGUAAGUUAGAGUACGUCAGGGCGAGGUGGUUUACGGCAUGGUAAUGUAGUGAACUAUGGGGGGGGGGGGGGGACAGGAGAGGUCAGAGUAAGGCUUAUUAAUGUAAAAAUAUUAAUUUAAUGUUUUAGGUAAUGAACAAAGAGGAGAGUCUGAAAACCUUUUUUCAACAGUACCAAGCGCUCGUCAAAGCUCGAAUCGCCGCUGGUGAAAAGUGA